UUAAUUUAGCAUGGACAGGUUAAGGAGUGUCCUACCGUGACCCUCACACACCCCUAACUUCACGAGUUUAUGGCGUUAAACCAUAUAAUAAUGCAGAGCGAUAACUGUGAUCCGGACAGGCCCGCCCAUCCGGGGAUUUUCCCAACCAGUGAAGCUGGGAAGAGCGGACACAAGCCGGCAGAACGCAGCGUGGACUUCCCGGUGUCUGUGGUUCUUCCUGCCGGUGGAACAGGAGAGAGAACCGGGCUUUUGACCCCGAAACAGUUCUGCUCGUUCCUGGGUCGGCCGCUAAUAAGCUACACUGUCCAGGCUUUCGAAAGGGUGUCAUGGAUCCAGAACAUUGUGGUCGUCGUUGCCAAAGAAAGCAUGGACCUGAUGACGGACAUCAUCCAGCACUACCAGCACAGGAAGGUUCGAGUGGUGCCAGGUGGCUCGACUCGUCACAGGUCCAUAUGUAACGGAGUCAUGGCUCUGGGGGGAGAAGGAGAGGGGGAGGCAGCAGCUGCAGAUAGACCUAAAGUGGUUAUCAUCCAUGAUGCAGUACGGCCUUUUGUGGAGGAGGACUUCCUGUACAAGAUCGCCAUGGCUGCCAAAGAACAAGGGGCUGCAGGAGCCAUCCGGCCUCUGGUAUCCACAGUGAUAGCCACCACAGUAGAAGGCUACCUGGAUCAUUCUCUGGAGAGAGCCAAGUACAGGGCCAGUGAGAUGCCUCAGGGGUUCACAUAUGACGUCAUCUAUCAGGCCUAUCAGAAGUGCACUGAGUCAGACUUUGAGUUUGGCACCGAGUGUCUCCAUCUGGCUCUGCAGUACUGUGGCACCAACGCCAAGCUCAUCCAGGGGCCGCCAACGCUGUGGAAGGUAACCUACAAACGAGAUUUGGCUGCUGCAGAGUCCAUAAUCAAAGAUACCCUGUCCCAGUCGGCCUGUAUUGUCACAGGUAGAUCUGCACAGGCAGUGACACUGGCUGAUGCUCUCCAAAAGGCUGUUGGAGCUCUUAACAUGGAGCUGGAGGUCAUCCCAGAUCUGAUGGGGGAAAAUGCCAGCUAUCUGCUAAAAGAGUGGAACUUCAUCCAGGUUUCUGUCAAUUGUUCUAGUCUGUCUGAAGUGGAGGCCUUACUGAGAGAUUUGGAGGCAGAAAAUCGGGCUCUUCUCCAUCCUGUGGUUGUCAUUUGGGUGUAUUUGGGCUGUCAAGAUGAGCCGUCCAUCAGAGGGAGCAGGGUCGAACCGAGUGGUAUCAUUGAGCUGGCCUCAGCGGCGAAACUCCAAAAUCUUCUCCUCUAUGGCAUCCAGCUUCAUCAUUCAAAGGACACAGAGUGUUGGGAGAGGUCGGUGUUGAAGGUCGCAGAGAUCACGUCAGCUCUGAUCCGGGACAGGAGCCCAGCCCUGGUGGGACAGCUUCUGCAGGCGUGAAGAGAAGGAGUAGCAAAGUAAAUCCCCUCAAAGACUCAUAAAAAACACUGCAGGGAUGAGACAGUCAUGUUUAUAUUCUGUUCCAAAUCCAUUUCUGUUGCAUUUUCAACAAGAUUAACUCCAAAACUACAUACUGUACUUGCAUGAAGUUGUCGGAUAAAUAAGGGAAAGACUUGAGAAGGCAGCACAAGGCAAAGAUAUCAUGGCACACCCACACACAAGGCAGUCAAGCAUGCUUGAGGCCCAGAGUGUGGUUUGUUUGACUAGUGUGAGUGCGCCAUACCAUGCUCAGGAGUGUCACACUUUGGCAGGGAUGAAAGAGGUGGGCUUCGGUAUGGUACGAUGUAUGUGCAGUUUAUAAGUAAAGCAAAGUUUAUGAGCAAACAAUGGCGUAGUGCCAGAGGGCCAUAGCUGACCAAAAUAAUCACAAAGUUAUUGUCAUGUUAUUUGCAUUGACUUUGAAUCUGUGAGACUGCCAACUUGGAGUCUGCAUAUGUCAUUUUGCAACUUGUUGACAUGAUAUGUUCAGUUCCAGUUGGGCUUGGAGCAAUUUGAGUGCAGGCAAGGGAUGGACUGGGGGCAAUGGGGGCAAAAGCUAGGGGCAACUAGCCCAAGUUUGAUUGUGGAUGAUGACCACGUCCUAGCAGUGUCACAGCUUUUUUCUUUUGAGCUUGUGUGUUAAGAGUGCAGCGUCUCAAGCAUGUAGAAUCUAAAGAAUAGAGGGCUCCCCUUUUUUUCACAGGCCAUGCACAUCUCUCAGCUAAAAUAGAGAGUAACAAGAUGACAACUACAGAGCCUUAUUUACCUUGUUUUUGCAGAUCUGUGUGUCCACAUCAGUGGAAUAUGUUUGCAGUCUAAAGAGGAGAAACUUAUGUCAUUCAUAUAGAAAGCUUUUAUUAUGAUAUUUUGCUGGCACAAUUUGGCUGUACAACAAAAUAAUUCACUUGUAGGGCAAUUUAAAGAGGUAAAAAUUAUAAAUAAAGACAGUUGUGACAGCAGGGAGGCACAGCCUAAACUCCGCACAGUUGUCUGGUUGCCUGGUAUGAAAGCUGUGAAGCUGCAAGCUGGAGCAGACAUGUGCACACAGCAAACAUGCACCCAUCCUGAAACAGGCAUCAGCCACAAGAUGAGUAUCUGUGUACACUGAGUGCAUUUUGUGUUGCAUUGGCAGUACUCAUUUUUAAUGCAGAAUCAAGACGGCCUUGUGUUUCUGGUGUAGCAUCCUAAAAAAAUUCCCGUAACAUUAUAAUUUUUUCCCCUGUGCUCACAGCACUCUGUUGAAGAUAGAGUGCUAUUAGGGAACAGCAUGCUCAUAUCUGCCACUUCUCCUUCAAAAAUCAAUCAAAAUCAUGAGGGGUGGAACAUCCAGAAUUAACCAAGUACUGUAUCCAGAGCUUAAACUGCUACCUAUACAUUUGUAUAUUUUUUGUUGUUAGAUUUUUAUAUUUUGCUGGAUCGUUUCCUCAAAUAAAAGCGAAGUUGAAGCAUACAGAACAAUUUAAAACUGACACUCUCGACAGUGUGAAGCAAAAGUGUCAUCAGCUAACUCUCAUAACCCGGCAACUGAAAGCACUGAGAAAAGCUAUGAAACAGAGAUUGCCAUUGAAAUAGGGAAAAAAAGUUAAAGGGCACAGACCCUAAAGCUCAAGAUCUUCAGGGUCCUACAUUUCCCAUAAUACAGCUCAGUAAUCUCUCUUUAUCAGUACUGCAUGGUAGUCUUUUACAAACAUUUACACUUCUGCUGAAAGAAAAAGCUGACUUUAUUAUCAACCUGUAUAGAGGUCAUGCUACAUUCUAAUAAAGGUUAACUGAAUAUAAGAGGAUUUUUGGGAUGCACCGGUGGAAAUGUUGGUAAAGGUUACACACGUUUUAUCGUCAACACAAGCGACAAAAACUCACCUAACCUGCAUUUUUCUUAAAAAAUAAAAAAGCUACAUGAGAUAUUAAGAUAUCAUAUAUUUAUUAUAUCUUUUCUACAUGACUGACACAUUUGAAAACCGCUAAAUGCAUGAUUUUUAAUUAUUUCUGUUUGUUUGGGGUUUGUUUACAUAUGUUUAGUAUGCUGCAUUUUUUUCAGAAUCAUUACUCCUGGGUGUUUGAAUUUAAAGUCUUUGUUUACAGAUAUUAGCAUUGAUUCAAACACACUAAAACAAUGCAGUCAAAUAACCAUGUCUUUAAAAUUAUAUGAACAUGUUUAUUAAUUGAUAUAAAAAUGGUUAAUAGUAUAGUGAUUGAUUAAGGUCCAUCUUGUGCACAAUUAACUGUUUAACUACUGCAUCAUGUCAGAACCACUGCAUUAAUCACUGGAAGAGUCGACUGAAACAGAUGUACAGUGUAAUCUGGGGAUGUUAUAUUUUUGUACUGCAUUUGAAAGAUAAUAUGUAAAACAAUAAAAUUUAUAUAAAAAAAAGUA